AUGGCGGAUCUCCCAAAGGAGCGAUUGGAUGGAUCGCAUGCAUUUGAAGUCACUGGCAUUGAUUUUUGUGGGCCAUUCUUUUACAAGCCGGAAGUGCGAAACAAGGCCCCAGUAAAAUGCUACGUUUGCGUCUUUAUCUGCUUCGCAACAAAGGCCAUUCACUUGGAGUUGGUCAGGGAUCUCUCAACGGUAACAUUUCUGCAUGGCCUCAAGAGAUUUAUAUGCGCCAGAAGGAGACCGCUGCAGAUUUGGUCGAACAAUGCAACGAACUUUGUGGGUGCACGCAAUGAGCUGCUUGAGUUGAGACGCCUAUUCCUCAGCGACGAGCAUCAGAAAGCGACGUUGGAUUUUUGCCUAGCGGAGCUUAUUGAUUGGCGCUUUUUUCCUCCCAGAUCGCCACAUUUUGGUGGUCUCUGGGAAGCUGCGGUGAAGACGGCGAAGUACCAUUUCUACCGCGCUAUUGGGCCUUCAGUGUUGACCUUCGACGAGCUGCGGACUCUUCUGUGCCAUAUUUCGGCAGUAGAUAACUCCCUGCCUUUAGUCUCAAUUUCAGAAAAUCACGCUGAUCUGGAUGUGCUAACGCCAGCCCACUUUCUGAAUGGUGGCCCACCAUUCUCAUUCAUCGAGUCGGAUGUGACCGCCCUCAACUUCAAUCGGUUGGAUGGAUGGCAACGUGUGGCCUACUUGCAGCAGGUCUUCUGGACCCGAUGGAAGGAAGAAUACCUGACGCUACUGCAGCAGCGCUCCAAAUGGCUGCAAUCCUUUGUCUGGUUCAGUCAGUUUCGCAAUCAUCUGGCCCAUGCUUCGAUUUACCCGCUCUACUUGACCACUAGCCUGUGGGGACCCGGUAGCUAUUUUUAUAUGUUUAACAUCAUUUUCCUCUAG